AUGCAAUUACGUCUUACCAAAAACAUACAAGAAGCUGUUCAUGCAGCAUUGGCAGGAGAAGACUUUCCUCUCAAGUACAAAGAAGAGGCAGAACAAGUAGCAAGCAUCUCACUCGAGAAACCAAGCGGUAUAUCACUCGACUUGCUAAAGUUGAUCGCUCAAUACUUGGAUCGUAGCUCAGUAGAACAAGAUCGUACAUGGUUUCAUGAACUGAUAAGAGGCACCGAAGUCUAUGUCGAACCAAAAGAGCCGCCACCAAAAAAUCCUGAAUUCGAAGCUUAUAUGGAACAAUUGCGAGCACAGCAACGUGAAAAAGAAUAUGCAAAGAUGGUGUCUUCGGUUGUUACAUCCGAAGACGACAAAUACAUGUACAGUUUGCGGCCGAAUGAACUUAAAGAAAUCAAGGGUCACGUCACAACCAUCCUCAAUAUCGCAUUUUCCAUGGUUGCCGUCUACGUUGCUGUUUAUAUGGCAGCGAAAACCAUGACGCAGGACGUUGGCACGGUGCAUUCAUGA